AAUUGAGUUGAAGGAGAUUCCUAUGCCCUUUUCUCUCUCUCUCUCUCUCACUUUUCUUUUCUUUUCUUUUCUUUUUAAUUUUUCUAUUUUGUUCCUAAAUUUUCUCGCAUUUCCCGAUCCUUUUCCAUCGUUCUCUCUUCUAUAAAUUCACCCUUUCCCCACUUUCCCCAACCUCCUCUCCUUCUCUCGAUCUUCUCCCUCCUUUCUUUCUCUCCCCCUAUUUCUGCCCUUUUAGAUGCUCAAUUUCUUCUUCUUCUUCUUCUUCUUCAUGUUUCGCCUUCAUGUCUCCCAUUCUCAGUGAAAUUCUCCGUUCCGGUUUUAUGAUCGAUUCCUCUCUCCGCCGCCGCACCCAUCUCGUUCAAUCUUUCUCUGUCGUCUUCCUCUACUGGUUCUACGUUUUCUCGUGAACUUCCUUCUUUCUUCUCCCUAAGAUCACACCAGAUCCAUUCCCGGUUCCGUCAUUCUUAUUUUCUUUUCUUUUUUUCCUUAUAAUAACCCUUUCCAUUUAGGUUUUCUCUUUCGACCAUAGAUUAGAUCAUUCUAUAAUCUGUAAUCUCUGUCUUCUGUGCUGUGAGUUUAAUUAAUUGUUAUCAUCUUCAUCGUCUCUAUGGAUUCUGCAAGCGGAAAUUCCUCGGGUUCCAUUAGGCUUCAAAACUCAGGUUCCGAAGAGGAUUUGCAGGUUCUGAUGGAUCAGAGAAAACGGAAAAGAAUGCAAUCGAAUCGCGAAUCAGCGAGACGAUCUCGGAUGAGGAAGCAACAGCAUCUUGAUGAAUUGAUGGCGCAAGUUACACAAUUAAAGAAAGAUAACGCUCAGAUUCUUUCAAAUAUCAACAUUACAUCGCAGCUUUAUAUGAAUGUCGAAGCUGAGAACUCGAUUCUGAAAGCUCAAAUGGCGGAACUGACGCAGAGAUUGCAAUCGCUCGAGGAGAUCGCUAAUUGCAUCAACAACACCGGCGGCAACAAUAAUGGCGGAUUUGGAGAAACAGAGGAGGAGGAGGAAGCAUUUCAGAUUCAGACUAUUGUGGCCGCCGAUAGCUUCAUGAACUCAAUGAAUUUCUUGUAUGUCAACCAGCCGAUCAUGGCCGCCGCUGAUAUCUUCCAUUAUUGAGUAUCCAAGAAGCUUUAAUUUAUUGAUCUGAUCUAUUUGUUAGAAAAAUGUGGAUCCAUCCAUGUUUCUGUGAUUUCCAUUGAAACAAAAACAAGAACAAUCUUUCUUUGGGGAGUAGAAAUGGGUGGGGGCCUUAGUUGAAAUUAUUUUUGUAAGAGGGGGGUCGGGGGGCAUUUGUGCAAAUCUCAUCAAACUUAACCUUAUUCCUCUUUUAAUUACUAUUGUUUAUGGAUCUAA